GAGAUACACCAUCUUUUAAUACAGCAUACCUUUGCAACACAGGGGAGUGACAUCAAAGGUAAUGUAUUGAUCAGAAGUUAAAGAUUUCAUGAACAACUUACAAUAAACAUGUUGGUUGGUGUGCUAGCUUAGAAAAUAUGCUAUGAAAAGGGCACUUCACACCAGUUUGCAAGCUAGCUAGUAGCUAUAUAACGUUAAGCAAAUACGUUAAAAAUGACUAACGUGUGUGGUUGAAGUCCACAAUUUGUGAAGCUUAACUAUAAGAAGUGAAAAUAUAACUUGUUAAUUUGUAGUCUUCAAUGUUUUUUUGUGACAUGAGCUACAACUUUACAAAGCUAACUAUACUACUUCUGAACACCACCAGAGGUAGCUACUGAAAUCAAUGUGUUGAUACAAUUUAUCCAUCCUGUUUCUUUAUUUGUUACGGCUAUUUUCCAAGAGACCACCGCAACUCCUAGAGAGACUACAGGACGAACAUGGCUGUGUCCCCAAAAAGAAGAAUGAGGAGCAGAGAAAACAAUGAAAGGAGCAGACAAAGCGAUUGUGGCAAAGUCCUUUGGAAUAUGGAAAAGCAGCUCUCAAAGGUCCAGGACCAUGGAGAAGCCGGAUGAGCCGUCCGAGGAGAGCAAGGAGAACCUUUCCAGCUGCACCUGUGAGUCCCUGAGAAAAGAGAAUGAAUUUCAUGCUCACAUCCUGAAAAAAGUCAAGAAUUGUGCACAAAUCGACCACGGUGGACUGCGUGGACCUUGCAGCACGUCGUAUAUAUUUCCAAGAAAACUGCAAGUAAAGAUGGAUUCAGAAGGAGAGGAAAACACACUCCAAACAUGCAACGGUGGUAAAGUUCCAGCUGACUGCAUCACCCAGGCUCCAAGCACAUAUGGGUCUAUGGCUGCUAGGAAGAGGCUCGCCCAGGAAGGGGUGCAGGGCGCCCCCGUCAACAAGAGAAAGUCUCUCCUGAUGAGGCCCCGCCACUACAGCCCCAGUGAGGCGUGCUGUGAGGAGGAGAACGAGGACCUGGCACCGCCACAGGACAAAGAAGAGCUGAGGAACAUUGACACUCCAGCAGAUGGAUACUCAGAAACACUUAACGAGCCCAAGAGAAAUGGCUGCCAGGACGCAAUAACAAAACCCAAUGAUUCCUUUGGAUGGUCUGAAGUGGUGACUGACUCUCCCCAUCAGGAGGCUGCAGCCUCAGAAACUCUGGAGGACGAAGAGGUGGCGGAACAAAACCAAGAAGAAGAGGAAGAAGACCAAAGUCAGGACAGAAUGAGUAUGACUUGCAGUUCGUCGCCACGUAAAAGCCCAUACGGAGACAGCUGGGAAGCCAAGUGGGAGCCUCUGUCCCUGUCUCAUUCUGCAAGGGUGAAUGGCUCCAAUGGCUCUAUCAGCAGCCCCUCUAAAGCCACCACCAGAGAAAGAUACCUAUUGGGAAGAAACGACUACCUACACAUGAGAGACCAUGAUCCUGACURGGUCCUUAGUGGGUACAACAUGGGCAGAGCAGGUCCCUUCCAGACAGGGCCUCUGCGGCUCUACCGAUCAACCCCCAGUGAGGAGGACAGUGAGGGGGAGCCAGAGGUGGAGAGUCCUCCUCGGCUGGAGGCCUGGGCCCUGGGCCUGCAGGAGAUGGAGAGACCCCUGAGCCUGGAGAUGGACAGAGGAGACAGAGGAGAACGGGACAGAGACAGAGGAGACAGAGACUGGGAGAGAGGGAGGGUGAACCUGAGCCUCCUGGAGCAGGCCAUGGCAUUGCAGUCAGAGCAGAGGCAGGUCCUCCACAAUGCCUACAGGGAGAUGGAUAGGUUCCUACUGGAGCAGAUGACCAAUGAGAGGAGGCACCAACGGCUACUGGAUGUGGACACCAGGGUGAGCUAUCAUGGAUGCAAAGACUCUCCACGACCAGAUAAGAAGGAUAUAAGAUGUCCUACCCCUGGUUGUGACGGCACUGGCCAUGUCACUGGUCUGUACCCCCACCACAGGAGUCUGUCUGGCUGUCCCCACAAAGUCAGAGUCCCCCCAGAGAUCCUGGCCAUGCAUGAAAACGUCCUCAAGUGUCCUACUCCCGGGUGCACAGGAAGGGGCCAUGUAAACAGCAACCGUAGCACCCACCGGAGUCUCUCAGGCUGCCCCAUUGCUGCUGCAGUGAAAGUCUCCAAACCUCAAGAGGAGAGCCCCAAAUGCAGACAAGCACCUGAACGAUUGUCCAGUAGCCACUUUCCUCAUCAAAUCCAACAACACCUCGUCUUCUUGGAUUCUUCUCCAACCAGGCCUCUCGGCCCCCUCAUGAAGAAGUUGGAGUUGAAUCAGUACAACUACAGGUUCGCCCAUCACCAUCCUGUCACCACCGCCUUGCAAGCCAACCUCACCAAGGACAUGGACAAGUACAGCAAGAUCCGCUUUGAUUACGCCAGCUUUGAUGCACAGGUCUUCGGCAAACAACCUCUGAUGGCACCCAACCAGGACCAAGAAAUCUCUUCUUCACACUUCCCUGACUCUCUACAGUACACUGGCUUUCUGGGCUCCCCCGGCAACCGCCUGCCCACGCCAGGCCCUGGACGCCACAGCCCACCCAGCCAUUACAAACUUGGAGGUGAGGGGCUCCAAGCCACCUCUGCCACCACUGCCAUCCUCAACCUCUCCACCCGUUACCGAAGCAACAUGGAGUCCAUCUCGGGUCGGCCCCUGGCGUCCUCCACAAAGGACAUGCCCAUAGAAGUGGAUGAGAACGGCACUCUGGACCUGAGUAUGAAGAAGGGUCGGGAGGUGAAAGCCCCACCCCAGGUGCCUUUGGGAGACGCUACCCAGUCCCCUCCUGAGUCCACUCUGUCCAAGCAGGCCGGAAGUGUGCACAUCAGCCCUGCCUUCUACCAGGCUCUGUGCGAGAGAGACACCUGGGACACCCCUCUCAACUUCAGCAAAGCACAGCAACAAAUAAUGCACAACAGAGAGCAGGAAGAUUUUGAUGACGCUUCUCUGGAGGACCAGAGCUACUCUGGAGACGCAAGCAUGUUCAGCCCCAAGACCGAUAUGCUCUUAAGAGACUCUAAGAAAGAGCUGAUGAGCUGUCCUACCCCUGGCUGUGACGGUAGUGGCCAUGUUACAGGAAAUUAUGCAUCACAUCGAAGUGUAUCUGGGUGUCCCCUGGCUGACAAGACUCUCAAAUCACUGAUGGCAGCCAACUCUCAGGAACUAAAGUGCCCAACACCUAGUUGUGAUGGAUCUGGACAUGUGACAGGGAAUUAUUCUUCACACAGAAGUUUGUCAGGAUGUCCACGUGCCAGAAAGGGAGGCUUGAAGCUUACACCAAACAGAGAUGAAAAAGACGACCAAGAAAUAAAGUGUCCAGUGAUGGGUUGUGAUGGCCAGGGCCACACAUCAGGGAAGUACACAUCUCACCGCAGUGCAGGGAGCUGCCCCCUUGCUGCCAAGAGGCAUAAAGAGUCAUCCAUCAAUGGCCUCCCCUUCCCCUGGAAUAAGGCCUGCAAACAGGAACUGCCCCACUGUCCCUUGCCCGGCUGCAAUGGCCUUGGACACGCCAAUAACGUGUUUGUCACCCAUAGAAGUUUGUCUGGAUGCCCUCUUAAUGCUCAGAGUAUUAAGAAGAAGUUGACAGGAGAGGAGAUGAUGACUAUUAAACUUCAUGCCAGCAGUGGAGUCGACAACAACGAUGACGUGCAACACUUGGAUCAUGAAAUCAAAGAACUGAACGAAUCCAACCUGAAAAWAGAAGCUGACAUGAUGCAACUGCAGACACAACAGAUUUCAUCGAUGGAAUGUAACCUGAAGACAAUUGAGGAGGAGAACAAGAUGAUUGAACAGCACAACGACAGCCUUCUGAAGGAGUUAGCUCACCUCAGCCAGGCUCURAUCAACAGUCUCACAGACAUCCAACUGCCUCAAAUGGGGCCCAUCAGCGAGCAUAAUUUUGAAGCCUAUGUGAACACAUUAACAGAUAUGUACAACAGCUCUGAGCAUGACUACUCUCCCGAGUGUAAGGCUCUCUUGGAUAAUAUCAAACAGGCUAUGAAGGGAAUCCACGUUUAAGCUGUCGAGCCAUCAAGAGGAGGUAUCUUUGAGUUGGGAUAAUGGCACUGGAUGGCUGUGUGCAGUGAUGGCUUAGUUGCAUGUAUAAGACAAGGCUUUGGGAAAUGUGUCGACAUUUCACCGUUGAAUACAUUGCACUGAGACAAUUACCAGCCAAAAAUAAUUUGUAAUGUUUUUUAACGCUUCUGUAUUCACUUGACAUGUUUCUUCUGGUGAGAUUUCUACCCCCCUUGCACUUAAUUAUUUUGAAUGGUUUGCUUGAUUUAAAUCUGUAUUUAUUUGUUGUCUUUUUUAUAUUAUUAUUAUUUAUAAUCCUUAUUCAUCAAUGUAUUUAUUUCCACACAUUUGUAUUUAUUUCUAUCAUUGUAAAAUGCUAAAUAUUUGAAAUCUUUUGACUAAUUCUGCACAUUGUAAAUGACAUUGAAGCACGUUCCAGUUUCAACCAUAGCUCUCUUUCGUCAUCUAGUGGUGGUUUAUUUAUAUAUCAGAUCAUGUCAUAAUACAAAUUAUUUUAUCUCCCAUGAAGGUGGAGAACUCCACCAGAAUAAUCCAGAAUCAACAUGUUUUUUAAUUGUUGCUUUUGCUUUCUAUUUAAUAUUCAACACUGAAUGUAUGGUAAGAUCUAAAAUGCAAUGUUAGUGUACAUCUCUUAAUUCAACAAUAUGUUAAGUUGACUGCAAUUAGGGGAAUUGCUUUCAGCUGUUCGCAAAAUGCAACAUUAUUUUAUUUCAUUCAAUGAACUGAAUGUCAGAUUCAACUUGAGUGUGUCGCUCGAAUAGAGCAACUGACAGCACUAAGAAAAUUGAAAAAUCCACUUUGACUUUUUUCUUAAAUGAUAUAGAUAUUAAACUGCCUUCUGUGCACAUGCUGUGUGUGCAUAUAUGUGCCUACAUGUAAAUGAAUACAUAAAAUAUACAGUACUCUGUUUUGUGGUAGGACAGUAUUAUGUGGCUGGUGUCUAAUUUAUUGUACAGUACACUUUUCAAAGGAGAAAAUGUUCUUAAUGUUUAUAUGCCAUUUCAAAUCUUUAAGCAUCGUCUCGGUACUGUAGCUGUAAUCUCAAAGUCAGGUCUUGAAGUUUCACAGGUUAGGAAGUGUUAGUGCUUUUCUACUUUUUACUUCUCUUCGGCGUGGGAAAGCAGAAGUUGCUCGAAGAAAUGUAACACCACCAUACAAACAUUUACUCUGGUUUAAGCUAUUCUGACAUUAAAUUUGAGCUAAUAUAUACUUAAUGGUGGUCAGUGUCAUUUCAGUUUCUGUAUGUCACAUCAAUUUCAAAAUAUCCCCCAAAAGCACUUGGUGGCGUAAAUAUUACUGCAGGUUCUUCAGGGCCAGAUUCAAUAAGCGUUUGCACCUUGGUAAAUUAAGACCAUAUUGUCAAUAAUGGACAACUGUCAAUAGAAAUGUUCAGUUCAUCACUAUUUUGAAGCAAAAAGAGACAAACAAACAAUGAUAUUGUUAGUUCUUAACUGUUUAUUUUCAAUUGUUUAUUAUUUCUUUUUAAAUUGAGUUGUGAAUCAGUUGCACUUUUUUCUUUUGUAUUUCAGAUUAGUUCUAUUGCCCUGGGGUUCCAGAAAAAGAUUAAGCUUUCUUUGUUUGUAAGCAUUGCUCUUGAUGUCACAGGAAAAUGUUAUUAUUUUGACGUUUGCAUGGGUUGAUAGUCUUAUCAAGUUACAAUAAAUUGAGUUUGACUUGGUCUGCUACACAUGUCCUGAGGAGGAAUUGGAAGUGCAUAUCUGCAAAACAAAGCCAAAUUUAGGACACUUGUUGAGGAAAAUACUUUAUUUUAUCCAAAUACUCAACUCAUUCUAAAGAAUUGUAAUCUUUAAAAAUGUAAUCAUUGACAGUUUGUUUAACUUAAUAAUUGUGUUAAUUGAUCAUUCGUAAUAUUUAAUUCACAUACCACACAUUAUUUGCUCAGGAAGUUUCGUGAAGAAUAUUUAUUUUUCUCUGUUUAGUAUUUGAUGUUUUGUAAUGUGAACUGGAUUUUUGUGGAAUGAUAUUAGUAUGAUGAAACUGUAUUGGACAUUUUCAUUAAAAUGUUGUUUUUUCAGUUCAAGUAGUUUGUAAAUCGAAAGUUCCUAUUACUUUUACUAUUUCAUAAGCAGAUAUGCGCUGUGCUGUACAGUUUGUGUAUGGUAGAAAUAAAACUUUUUAAAUGGUU